UUACAAUGGCCCACUUUGACCCCUCAGCCUCAAGUGCAGUGGAUGGAAGACUGUCUGAAGAGUUUGCGGUCCCCUCUCAUGUGGAGGAGGUCAGGAAACUCAUGGCAGAGUUUGCUGAACAUCACAGAUCGGCCGGGCGCAAAGUAGUUCUGAUCACCUCGGGAGGAACUAAAGUUCCUCUGGAAUCCCGAACGGUACGAUUCCUGGACAACUUCAGCAGUGGUCGGCGAGGGGCAUCCUCUGCUGAGUAUUUCCUGGACUCAGGCUAUGCAGUGAUCUUUCUGCACAGGCAUCGUUCUCUCUACCCAUACACUCGUCUAUACGCAGGGGUCAAUUUACUGGAUAGCUUACGAUUAGAGACUGGUAAGGAGGACACUGAUCAGAUCCUGGUGGAUCAGAACACACUUCCAAACAUUGCAAAGGUUUUAAAGCGCUAUCAGGCAGUGAAAGCUGCAGGAUUACUGCUGCCGGUGGAAUUCAACACCUUGUCAGAGUACCUCCAUCUUCUCAAAGCUGCAGCCCAAGCAUUAAGCUCCAUAGGGUCCAAGGCUAUGUUUUAUUUGGCUGCUGCGGUUUCUGAUUUCUACAUCCCAGCAUCUGAAAUGCCAGAACAUAAAAUCCAGUCCUCUAAUGGGCCACUUCAGAUAAGUAUGAAGAUGGUUCCCAAGAUGCUGUCUCCAUUGGUGAAGGACUGGGCACCUCAGGCAUUUGUCACCUCUUUCAAGCUGGAAACGGACCCCAACAUCCUUUUGGAGCGAGCACGGCGUGCCUUAGAAACGUACAACCACCAGGCAGUGGUUGCAAAUGUUCUCGACACUCGCCGUGGUUAUGUGGUUGUCGUCACCAAAGACACGCAAGACGAGCUGGUCCUCACAGAUGAGGAAGUGCAGAAAGAGGUAGAGAUUGAGGACAGGAUUGUCAGUAAUCUGACUGCAGCACACAGUCAAUUUAUGUCUCAAGUAUGAAAAACCUUGCUGUGAUUUCAUAGCAUGUAAGCUCAAGUUGCUCUUUCAGACAUGUGGAAUGUUUGCUGUCUUGUAACGAUUAAGGUACAAAUUUGAAAAGAGAAGCUUAUCCUGGAGAAUCGACUUUGUAGUCAUUCCGAAUGACGUCUGCAAGUUCGGAAACUUUUCUGUUGUGAAAUUCAGUUGCUUAUUACAGAUCUAACAAUUUCCUUCAUAUUUAUUUCCUCUGUACAAAGAGAUCUGCAAA